GUUCUUACUUCUGUAUAAACAAAGCAACGCUUUGGAACAUAACUGCAUGUUAUUUAUUAAAAGAUGUGUGUUGGGCGGCGGUAAGAAGCCGCGUUGGGAAGUAAAUAGUAACAUUAACUGUUUUGCCGCGUAAAUCUGUGAGUCUAUUCAAACGCGGCGGAGCGCUCCAGCCAGUUUGACGUUUAUCAACAACCGCGCAAGUUCAUUAACUCUUCAAGAGGGGUGUUGUGUGACUUGCUGUUGCGCUUUAUUUACUCUAAACUCAACUGGCUUUUUAUUAGAUCCGCCGUGUCUCCUUUGGUCUGGAAACAAGCCGGUAAAGCAUGGCGGAAUUCCUUGAAGACCCGUCCGUUCUCACAAAGGACAAGCUUAAGAGCGAACUGCUUGCCAAUGAUGUUCCUCUUCCCAGCGGCGAGCACAGGAAAGAUGUUUAUGUCCAACUUUACCUCAAACAUCUGACCGUACUGAACAAGAAGCACUCUCCAGCCGAGACUUUCUCCAGUGACGAAGAAAUAACACCGGUGAUCUCUAACAGAAGUCGAUCAGGAAAAAAAGCUACAAGAAAGACGGAUAAGAACCGAAAAGAGGAGGUGGAUGUUGCCAGUCUGACCGACAGCGAAUUGAAGGAUCAGCUGCUGAAGUAUGGCAUCAAUCCUGGUCCAGUAGUCGCAUCAACUCGUAAACUUUAUGAGAAGAGACUUCAAACACUGUUGGAUCAGCCUCCUUCAGAGAUCAAACCACCUGAACCCGAGACUGCAGUUCCAGAGACGGUACCUGUGAAGGCAGACGGCAGUCAGAACGGCAGCACACACACUGUGGAGGAUCAGUACAGUGACCAGGAAGAAGAUGUUGAACCAGUACCAGAGCCAGUUCCUGUAGCACCAAAACCUGUGAGAAGCAGAGGAAAAACCCCAUUGACCACCAGGACAAGCAGCCGACACAGCAGUAAGGUAGAGGAGACAACAGCAGUUCACGAGCAGUCAUUUUCUGUGGACAGAAGUGACCUUUUAAAAGAAAUAUUCCCUAAUGAACCUCUUACACCCACAGGCAUUAGUGCUACCUGUCGGCGGCCUAUCCAUGGGGCAGCUGGGCGUCCAGCGAGGCCGCUUGACCUCUGGCCAGAGGAGUCUCUCCUACAGCAGCGUGUGUUCACAACCACCAAGUCAUCACUCACACACAGUCACAGCAUCCCAUCACAUGCUCCAUCAUUCUCUCCACCGUCUGAGCUGCGUCCACGCCGUCGCUCUUAUGCCAUCUGGCUCAAACUGCUGGUGUUCCUCCUGCUGGCUGCCUCACUUUACUAUGUCUUUCAGAAUGUGAGCAAUGAGCAGAUCGACUCCUGCAUGCUCUUCUUACAGGACAGGGUGGUUACACCCUUCCUAACUGUUAUUGGUGUUAUUAGUCAGGAAGAUAAUUCUGGGAGUGAGUGAAUGCAUCUUCUCCCAGGGUGUGCAUGAGCUGUCUCUAUUUUCAGACUUGUGCCACAUCCCCAUCUGAUAGAUUGGAGAAUCAACAUAUUGUCAGGGUGUGUGUUAUAAUUAUUUCAGUCCAACUUCUCAGUCAUGUCCAAUUGUGUGUUUUUAAUUAGUCCUUAAACUGUGUGAACUGUUUUUAUUUUUCAUCUUGCCUUUUGUUUUUACUGUUUUGUAGCAGGUCAUCAGGACAGGAAGAAAUAGUGAUUUUUGUAGCCUUGUAUCAUGAUGAAACAAUUGCCACUAUGUUUGCCUGUAGCGCUUCUAGACAUUCUCCAUUACGAAACAGAUUUGUUUUAGAUAUCAACAAAAUGCUUUUCUAAGGGGCAUUAGUGUUGUGUUAAUCAGAGGCAUUGAAGCUCAUCACAAUGUGAGUUUAAAAUAUUGGGGCAUGCUAAAAAGUACUAUUUUGUGUGCAGUGGAUUUUUAGUAAAGAUUACUGUAUGUACAUACAUUUUUACUGUGCAGGUUAAUUUGAAUAUGUUAUCAGAAUAGCAAAGACAGCUUUGGUAAUUGUAUCUUUAUGUUUCUGUCUGUGUGUGUGUAUAGUAGCAUGGAAAUGUGCCCAAACUACUGGUUCUUCAUCAGACUGGCUGGUUAACAUUUCUACACUCUCUGCUCUACUCUCAGGUUAUAGACGUGAUUUUUAUUCAUUGAUGCAUGACUGGUUUUGUGUUAGGUGACGACUCAUCAUGUAUGUUAUCUAUCUGUAUUGUGAAAGUAUACUUGUCAAAUGCUAUAAGUCGUCAUAACACAAACUUUAACCGGCCUGCCUGUUUUUUCGUAUCUGGGAAAAACACUGGUUAUCAUCUAGGUGAAAUAUUUUCUCUGCUGCAGCUGAAAACAAAGUCAGAAGGUCACAUUUGUGUCUGUUGGACAAGCAUGAAGUAGUGUAGAAACUUUUAGUUCAAAUAAAUACAAUUUCAGUAAAUGUUUGUUCUAAAGAUUGCAAUUUUUUUAUUAUUUGUAUUUUACUACUUGGAUUUGAAAAUGUUUAUGCUUUUUAACUGCAAUAUUUUUCUAAGGUUUUUUUUUCCUUCUAAAAAUACCUUUUUAAAGACAGGCAAAUAGUUCAGUGGAAUGGAAGGUGCUAGUAAAUUGCAGCAAACAUUUAAGUUUAAACCUGCUGUCUGAAAGGCAGAAAGUGUUUUUUAAAAUGGAAAUAAAUUUUGCACUUUGUCACAGGGCAGCUAAUAGGAUCUAAUGGUUAACUGGAACGUUUCAUUCUGGAUGAACUGAGUGUUUAUCAAUUGUUAAUUACAAUAAUUGUGCAUAAUAAAAAUAAGAAAGACAGCUGAACUCUUAUUUUAUGUUUUCUAUUAUUAAGUUUAGUUUAAAUGAACUGUUUUGUUCUGUUGGUAUGAUAAUAAGGUCCAUAUUUGUCAUGCAUAAGAAGGUGAACCUAUGAUUAUUCCCCUACCAUAUAUCCAAUAGUGUGUACAGUUGUGUAUAGUGGCUCUUGGUAAAGCAUGUCAGAAACGUGAGUCUACACUCAUUCAGUUUGUUUGACCUUCAUCGGCAGUAAAGUCCGCAGCAGCAGCAGGCUGUCUAAUGUUAUAAAUGUUUGUAAAUUCUGUAUUAUGAACUGGGAUUUUGGACCACAUUCCUGCUCUGCGGCUUUGAGGUUAAGUACAGCAAUAAACUACAUUUUGGUACAUUGUUUUUAUAUAUAGUAUUAUAUAUCAGCAUU